GAUUGGAUAUAGUGUCUUUACAUAAUAAUCUUUCUUUCGAACACAGAACAACUUAUAAUGCUAUCAUAAUUAUGGCAUCAUUAAUGACAAACAGACUCCACUAUGUUAACAGUAACAGUAAUCAGCUACUUUAACUGAUUAUAUAUACUUUUAAACUGUUUUACGAGGGAAAAAAACUAAUUUACAGAUAUUUCUGAGAAAAACUAACGUCUAUAAUUGGCUUCGGACCAGUGACCUCAGAAAAUGUUUAAUGACAUGUAUCUCCUUUUGUCCCUGAGGAUGACUGUCUUUUUGCAUGAAAUAAAUGGUCACACUUGUAUCGCUAAAUCAUGCUUUAUCCACCCGUAAUGACUCAGGAUGCUAUUCCUGACAUGGGCAAUGUGACCUCUGGCCCCUCUGUGUUUGCAGCCUGAAGCUGAGAGGAAGCUCCAUUAUUCACACACUCAGUCAUGGAGCAAACAGGAAGAGGCUGGGGAACUCUUCCUUUAGGCCUGACAACAAUGAGGUGCAGCAGAGACGCUGCAGAACAACAGGGUAACAGAAGACAGGUGGUGACUAUGCGCCAAAAGCGUCGAAUAACAACCGCAAAAUGAAGCCUAGAAGAAGAACGCGUCACAUGACCAGAAAUGUUUAAUCAACAACAUCCAUGCUAGAAUCAUCACACCGUGGGAACAGAUAUAAACAGCACCAGGUGGAUAUUAAAUAUAUAAUAACCCCUGAGGAAGAUGCGCUCUCUGGGCUCCGUGCAGCACAAGAUCCCGUGCGUGUUCCUCACGGAGGUGAAGGAGGAACCGUCCAGAAAACGCGACUGUCAGCAGUUCCAGGUCGUGGCCACAGAGACCCUGAACCCCGUGGCUCUGGAGGCCGACAUCCACGGUGCCGUCGCCACGGAGAAGAUCGACGGCACCUGCUGCUACGUUACACUUUAUAACGGGCGUCCUCACCUGUGGGCUCGCCUCGACAGGAAGCCCAACAAACAGGCGGAGAAGAGGUUCAAGAAACACCAGCACCAACACCGCAGCUGUAAAGGUUUCUCGUGGGACGUAGAGGAGGACUUUAAGAUUGUUCCGGAGGCGUGGAUCCCGGCUCACAGAGUCCAACAUCUCAACGGACAUCCGGUCCCCGACGAACACGGACACAUUCCAGGCUGGGUCCCGGUGCAGAAAGACAACAAGCAGUACUGCUGGCACGGCUCGGUGCUGGACCCUGAGGGGGGGGCGGUUCUGGUUCUGAGGCCUGGUGGUGAUGAAGAUGAAGAUGAAGAGGAGCUGGAAGUCUCUGCCGUGCCGCUGGCCGACCUGAUGGAGCGAACUCUGGAACUCAUCGGAACAAACGUCAACGGGAACCCUUAUGGUCUGGGCAGUAAGAAGCAGCCUCUGCACUGCCUGGUGUCUCACGGGAGCUUCGGGGUCAGAAACCCCCCCCCGGUGGACUUCCAUCAGAUCAGCUCGUGGCUGAGGGAGGGUCCGGGGGGCCGGGUGGAGGGCCUCGUGUGGCACUGCAGCGACGGCACGCUCAUCAAGGUGCACCGUCACCACCUGGGUCUGCGCUGGCCGGACGGGGGGGCGAGCCUCGGGGAGCGGCCGGUGGUCGUGCGCGUGGUCGGGGGGGAAAACACCGGCAGGAAGGACCUGUUCUCAUCGUUCUGCAGACUCAACGGGCAGCGCUUCAGCCGACUGCAGGACGUCCUCUUUGACUCGUAAACAGAGACUGAAACGCUCCUUUUCUCCCAGAGCUUCGACUGUGACCAUCGACCAAAGCAGCUCGAUAAUGUCGCCAAUAAUUCCAUUGGCUUUGCAGAAACGACUUGACCAAAUGUUCCAAUGAUUAUCUGUAAAUAUUGUAUCUUUCAUAGCCAAGUGAAGAAUAAACGACGAGUAUGUACAUA